CGACGCGUUUCAAUCCAAGACGCCGUACCAAAUCCAUUCCUUUUUCAAGUUUUUUUUCCUCUUCGUAUAUCUUCCCCAGCCAACCUCCCAAACACAUACGAAACAAAGAGCCAAAAUCGAAAUGGCUCCGGCAUUAUCAAUCACCGGAAUUAACGUCGACAGCGUUAAGUUUCCGGCGACGGCGAAGCCUCCGGGCUCGACGAACACUCUGUUCCUCGGAGGCGCAGGGGUUAGGGGGCUGAACAUUGAAGGAAAUUUCGUGAAGUUCACUGCGAUCGGAGUGUACCUGGAGGAAAGCGCCGUACCGUGGCUCGCAGCCAAGUGGAAAGGAAAGACUUUGGAGGAGCUGUUGGAGUCCGAUGAGUUCUCCAGGGACAUCGUCACCGGCCCGUUCGAGAAAUUCACGAGGGUGACAAUGAUAUUGCCCUUAACGGGCGUGCAGUACUCAGAGAAGCUAUCGGAGAAUUGUGUUAAUAUUUGGAAAUCUUUCGGGAUUUACACUGAUUCAGAAGCCAAAGCGAUUGAAAAGUUUCUUGAGGUUUUCAAACCUCACACUUUCCCACCUGGCUCUUCAAUUCUCUUUACCCUAUCACCCAAGGGAUCAUUUACGGUAAGCUUCUCCAAAGAUGAUUCCUUACCAGAAGUUGGGAAUGUUGUGAUAGAAAACAAACUACUUUCGGAGGCAAUACUCGAGUCGAUCAUCGGUAAGCAAGGUGUUUCUCCUCAAGCAAGGAAGACUUUGGCUGAAAGAUUGUUUGAGUUGUUCAAAUUAGACAACAGUGGUGAUGGUAACAUUGCCGCGGCCACACAUGGGAAAGUGGAGGUUACUAAGAAAGUUUUAGAAGGAAAGAUGACCAAGGAAGUUGAACAAUUGGGAAACAAGAUAGUGUGAAAUCUAAGGAGAUUAUGAGAAAUGAAAAUUUCUUCAGGGACAUGUUUUCUGUUUGUAAUAAACAGUUUUUUUUUUAAAAAUAAUUUUAAUGAAUUUAUCAUAUAUGCAGUUGUUUGUUUUUGCCUUUAGCCUUUGUCGUACGGUUUAAGUUAAUGAUCAAAGCGCAGCUUGAAUUAUAUUAAAACUAAAACAAUUUCUCAAUUUCUAAGUUAGUAGUUUUGGUCAGGUGAUAAAAUCAUUAAGCAUUUCUAUUAAGUA